UCAAGAUGGCGAUGCUCUCCAGACCCUACAGGGAAAGAGUGUGAAUUCUGCUGAAUUCUCUUUAAACACACUGUAGAUUUCACACUCAUGUUGUGUACUUUUAUUGGACGAUAUUUACCAUGGCUGGCAUGUCUGGUGUCAGUUGUGUUUGCUGGGAAGAUGAAGAUUGUGGAGGAACCAAAUACAUUUGGGUUGAACAAUCCUCUCCUGGCACAGAGCAACCAGCUCCGGGCCCGAGUUUCUCCGUCCCCUGUAUCAGGUCCACCUCAUCUGGCACGUCUGGCUGGCAAAUGCUUCAGCUACACCGAGGCCAUGUACAAGUUUGACUUCUGUCCUUUCCAUAACGUAACACAGCACGAGCAGAGCUUUAGGUGGAAUGCAUACAGUGGAAUACUGGGUAUCUGGCAGGAGUGGGAGAUCCAGAAUAACACGUUCAUUGCUAUGUGGAUGAGAGAAGGUGAUUCCUGUGGAAACAAGAACAGACAGUCCAAGGUUCUUUUGACAUGUGGUAAUAGCAGUAGGUUGGUCAGAGUCUCUGAGCCGCAGACGUGUCUGUACUUGCUGGUGUUUGAGACGCCACUUGUCUGCCAUGCACAUUCCCUCCUGGUGUACCCAGUGCUGAGUGAAAGGCUGCGGAAAGAAUGGGAUGAAAUUGAACAGAAUCGAUAUGAAGAUCUGAUUACUGAACAGGGCUACAACAAGAUGUUAAGGGGCUUGUUUGAAGAGGCUGGUUUUUUGAAGCUAGCUGAACAGCCCCAGAGACAGGAAGAACAAUCACAGAGUCCCAAACAUCAAAGUCUGGAUCAGUGUAAAGAGGACUUUGAGAAGCAGCAUUUGGAAAUAGAGCGAUUGCGCUCUCUUCUCACCCAGCACAACAUUUCAUACAGCGUGGAGACAGAAAGACCAAACACCCCAGUGACCCCUCAGCCUUUAGUACAACAGAACCGGCAUCUACGUGGUGAUCCAGGAAUCAUCCCCAACCUUUAAAAAAUACAACCUAUAUGACAAUUUAUUCAUGACUAUUUAAGUUCAGCAUUAUAAUGUGAUCCUGUGUUUGCUAAUUGAAAUGUAAUAAAAAGAUGAUAUUGGUGUUUGAACUAA